UCCACAACCCAUUGAAUUGUUGAGGCAACUAUAGUAGAUAUGGAGCUCUUCUUCCUCUCCCUCCUCUGCCUCUUUCUUCUCUUUCUCUUACUCCCACUGAGCUUGCACUUCCUCUUCUACAAAUCCAACUCCAAAAACCUCACUCUCCCGCCGGGCUCCACCGGGUGGCCGUUGAUCGGCGAGACCCUCGAGUUCCUGGCCACCGGCUGGAGAGGUCACCCGGAAAAAUUCGUAUUAGACCGCAUAUCCAAGUACUCAUCCUACGCCUUCAAGACAAAUCUUCUAGGCUCCCCAACAGUCGUGUUCGCCGGUGCAGCCGGUAACAAGUUCUUAUUCUCCAACGAGAACAGGCUCGUCCAAGCAUGGUGGCCUAGCUCCGUCGACAAAAUCUUCCCAUCCUCAACCCAAACCUCUUCUAAACAAGAAGCAAUCAUUCUCAGAAAAAUGCUCCCAAACUUCCUCAAACCCGAAGCUUUACAACAAUAUAUUGGUGUCAUGGAUACCAUUUCACAGCGACACUUCGAUUCCGAUUGGGUUGGCAGCGAAGUGGUGGUUUUCCCUCUCACCAAGCGAUACACAUUUUGGUUGGCUUGUCGCUUGUUUAUCAACAUCGAUGAUCCGAACCACGUCGCUAAAUUCGCCCAUCCUUUUGGGAUUUUGGCUGCUGGAAUUUUUUCCAUCCCUAUUGAUUUGCCUGGAACACCGCUCCGGCGAGCUAUCAAGGCCUCGGAGUUUAUUAGGAAGGAGCUUUUGGCGAUUAUUAAGCAGAGAAAGGUUGAUUUGGGAGAUGGAAAGGCUUCGCUGACACAAGAUAUAUUGUCACAUAUGCUUGUGACGAGUGAUGAAAAUGGAAAUUUCAUGAAAGAGGCUGAGAUUGCUAAUAAAAUCUUGAGUUUGUUGAUUGGUGGCCACGACACUGCUAGCUCCGUCUGCGCUUCCGUUGUCAUGUUUCUUGCGGAGCUUCCUCAUGUUUAUCAACGAGUGUACGAGGGUACGUAUCUAUGCAUGCAUAUUUAUUCUAUUCUAUAAGCACGUACAGUUUUGGAUUCUCUCGGGCACUUUUUUAAUACCACAAUUCAAUGUUGGUUUAUUGUCACCCAGGUCAAAUAGGUUAUUUUAGUAAUUUUUUUAAUUUUUUA